UUUAGAAAAAAAAAGUUUGGCGUCCGCUUCCUGUUAGAAUAAAUGUGUUUUGUUUUGUUGGUCUAAAUAUGACAUCAAAGUCGGCGUGCUGUAACCUCGCAUCUGAUGUGAUGUGUAACGUGUGUCGUGUGUUCUUGUAAAUGAUGAGUCCGUGGAUUAAGUUGAUAAACAAAGCUCAAGGUUCGCUAGAUCAAACAGCGACUCAAGUUUACAGGCCACUCGUUUUUUAUGUACGCAGUUAAGACUUCUUAGGCCUGAUGGUGAUAACGAUUUUAUAUUAAUGCAGACUUUUUCGAGGAGAGAAUUAUAGGAAUACUAUGGUAUUUGAAGGCUUAGGAAGAACAAGAAGAAACAUUAGCCUCAAACUUGAAGACGUAAACAGCGAUGAUAAAACCAAACUUUUGAGAGAGUCGAACCACGCCCCACCAGACGCCAACCCUCAACCGGACGCCAACCCUCAACCAGACGCCAACCCCACAUCCUCUCUGGUUUGGCUACCUCGACGCCCCCUGGUGGACGAGACGCAGCAAGAAAACAAGAUGGCGUACUGUUUCCUCCGGUCCCUGAUCACCCUGCUGCACGUGACGACCGGCCUGGCUGCCGGCUUCAUCUGUGUGUACUCACUCCUUGGUUGGGAUAGCGCCUACUGGUGUUUCCCUGGUCUGUUCGGGGGCAGCAGGACAACUAUUUUGGGAUUCCUCAACGACCAGCAGCUGGUCUGUGAUGGCGUCCUGUUUGCCCUGGGUGGGGUCUGUGUCAUGAACCUCAUGAUGAGCCUGACCAUCAACUUCUGCUGGGCCAGUGACUGCAUCGCCUAUCUACAUUUGGUGAUGUCCCUUCUCUUUGGUGCCUUGAUGGUGUUCGGUGGUGGUGUCUUCACCUACCACUACAUGAUGUGGUGCGACUCCAUGGAGAGGGUAACUAACAUCUACAGCUGUACCAGAGCGGCCAGCACUUUGUUCAGCGCCAACGGUACCUCCAUGACCACCUACAAGAGGAUGAUCGAGAUCCAGCAGAUCACCAUUUGGUCCCUGUUUCCGGUCACCUUCUUCACGGUGCUGGCCUACGUCCUGGCACUGCGCCUGACCUCCAGGAACGGACGUCGCGUCAGGACCGGCUCCUACGUUCUCGUAGACGACGAGGGCGCGCCCCUGAUCGACCCCCGGCGCCACUCGCGCACCGGGCGCGUCACCGUCCUUACCCGCACCCACGCUGUGGUCAGCAGACGCUCCUACGAGCCCGACCAGGUCCCCCCCUACACGGAAGCCGCCCCACCCAGUUACUACAGUGUGUCCAGCGUGUCCUCCGUCCCUCGGAUCUCUACCCACAAUGCCCCGGUGCAGACCAGCGUUCCCCGGAAUGAUCACCAUGACAACGAGGGAGGUCAGAGGUCAACAGAGGACCCGCCCAGGAUGACCCCGGUCUUCAUGACGAGCGACAGCUCUACCCCCAACUGCCCGACCGGGAAUCUAAUUAACCUGUAGCUUUAAUUAACUAAUGAUAUGUUGAUGAGAUAUCAGAAAAACCUCGAGUUGACUGAUUAAAUUAGUAUUGAUGUACAUUGAUGUGAGAUAGAGCAGUAGAUUUACACUUUACUCAUGUUCACUUAGAUUUACAGCAUUAGUAUCAGGUGUGUGAUUUACGUGGCAUUAGCCAUCGUCUCACAUCUCUGAACUCUGUUCAGAAAAUUCAGAUUAGAAAAUUCUUAGAAGAAAUUUUUGUAAAUAUCUUUUUUUUUUUCAGAAACAAAUUCUAACACAUCAUUUAUUUUUCUAAAUUAUUUAAAAGAAACUGUCAUUUAGAAAUUAUAUAUUUAUCUGGAUCGAAAAAGUUAAUGUAAGCUUAGGAUUACUAUGAUACCAAAUUUGUUACUAAUCAUUGCAUAUACGUUUUCUGUUUUCAAUGUUGCAAGAACUUCACUGUGUUGUUAAAUGUUGAGUUCACACAAUAAUUUUGUAUAUAGCACCCAACAGGUUGGAUAGUCCAGGCGGUUGUAGCAUGACAGACAGCUAGACUGUCAAACAUUUGGGUGUAGCAUGACAUACAGCAAGACUGUCAAACAUUUGGGUGUAGCAUGACAGACAGCAAGACUGUCAAACAUUUGGGUGUAGCAUCACAGACACACUGCGUAGCAUGACGUUGUUGUAGCCACACGUUGUAGUAGUAUUACAGACACACAGACAGACAAACACAGACUUUGUUAUUUAACAUUUUGGUGUAGCUUCACAGCAUAGCACGACAGACACACACACUAACACAGCUAGACUUUUAUGUCCAACAUUUUGUUGUAGCCUUAGUCUAACACGACAGACACACACACUAACACAGCUAGACUUUGCUGUCCAACAUUUGUUGUGUUCACAUUUUAAUUGUCAUUUUUUCCACAAAUAAAACACUGUUCAAACACAAAC